AUCAUUAUAAAUAGCAAAUAAAUGUCAUUAUAUUUUUAUCCCACAUCCAAUUUUGAAAGAUGAAGAUGAAUCACAUUAUUCUUUGUUGUAUUGCUCUUCUCUUAUCAUAUAUACCUAACAGUAUUUCUGUUAACAAUGAUUUCUGUGUAGCAGAUUUAUCACUUCCAAAAACUCCUUCAGGAUAUCAAUGCAAGUCAGAAAAAGAUGUAACAGUCGAUGAUUUCGUCUUCUCUGGCUUUGUAGCUGCAAAUGCAACAAAGCCUUUUAAUACUGGAAUAACCUUCGUGAAUGUCGAUAAAUUACCCGGUCUUAAUGGACUUGGUAUCGCUACAUUGAGAGGGGACAUCAGUAUAAACGGAAGUGUGCCAUUGCACUCUCAUCCUGAUGCAACUGAAUUGGUUAUUAUUGUUGAAGGUGAAGUGAAGGUUGGAUUUAUCACACCAAGAAAAGUAUUUUUGAAAGAUUCUAAACCUGGUGAUGUUAUAGCUAUUCCAAAAGGACAGUUGCAUUUUGUAGUAAACAGUGGUGCUAAAAAAGCUGUUUUUUUUGCAGCUUUUAGUAGCUCAGAUCCUAGCACGCAAGUAGUUGAUUUGCUAUUAUUUGGCAACGAUUUGUCAACCGCUGUUCUUUCACAGACUACACUACUUGAUGUAGCACAGAUUAAAAAGCUUAAGGCUGCGUUUGGUGGCAAGAACUAGAAUUGCUUACUUCUUUUAAAAUUAUUCAAUGUUGAGUAUUAUAUCAAUCAUGUUACAAUUCUAGUAUCAUAAUAAUAAUAAUAUAAAUAUAUUAAUUUUAA